AGAAAUUAUUGUUUAGAAAUAAUUUGUGAAAGUCCAGAAUUAUUGUUUGAAAAUGAUAUUUUUUUAACAUUAUCAUCCCAAAUGGUUGAAUUCAUUCUUAAACAAGAUAAAAUCACAUUAGAUGAAAUUGAAAUUUGGGAUUAUUUGAUAAAAUGGGCAUAUGCUCAAAAUCCAGAAAUUGAUCAGGAUCCUGAAGAUUGGACCAAUGAUGAAAUUGAAGUAAUGAAACAAACCACAGAGAGAUUAAUUCCAUUGAUUAGAUUUCAAGAUAUUUCUUCCGUUAUUUACCAUAAAAAAGUAUUUCCUUAUCUUGCAUUACUACCAAGAAAAUUACUAAAUGAAAUCAUACAAUUUUAUUUAGUACCUAACACAAAAAUUGUUAGUACAUUACCAUCAAGGAAAUCUAAAUAUUCAGUUACAAUUACUGAAUCUCAAAUUUUUGCUAUUUUUGCCAGUUGGAUCGAAAAGAAAAAUAGUUCUUAUUAUAACACACAAAAUAUUCCAUAUAAAUUUAACUUAAUUUAUCGUGCUAGUAGAGAUGGUAUCUCAGGUGCAGCAUUCCAUAAUCUAUGUGAUAAUAAAGGACCUACUAUAGUUAUAGCAAAAGUUGCAAAUUCGGAACAAAUAAUUGGAGGGUAUAAUCCAUUGGACUGGAGGCCGAUUUUAAAUAAGGACAAUAAUUAUUAUAAGUUAACAAAUGAUAGUUUUAUUUUCUCAUUUGCAGAUAGAAAUAACCCCCAAACUGCAAUAGUAAGUUAUCCGAAAGAAAAUCAUCAAUAUUUUUCUAUAUAUAGUCAUUCAAGUUAUGGGCCAAUAUUUGGUGGUGGUCAUGAUUUAUUGUGUAAAAAUAAUGGUACCUGGACAUGUAAUCCACAACAUACUUAUUCAAUGGAUUUACCACAUAAUUUCAAGGCGAAUAAUUAUGAAGUAUUUCAAGUUAUUAUUAAAUAUUAAGUCAGUCAUAUAUAUUUUUUUUUUGUUCUAUAUAUGAUAAUUAAAUAACUGUAUUAAAUAUUUAGCUUUAGCUUUUUAUGGAUGAAUUUCCUCGAUUCAUCACAAUAUAAUAUUUUAAAAAUAGAAAUUUCAUUUUGUAAAGUUAUAUGUAUUAUAGGAGUGUCGACUUAAAUAAAUUAUA